AUGGCACUGGUGCGGCCGCUGCGCCACGUGCGCCCCGUCCGGGCGGGGGCGGCGGCGGCGACGGCCGACACCGUGCUGACCGCCCCCGCGUACGCCACCGCUGGCGCCCCCGGCAGCCCGCGCCUUUUGAACCGGCAGCUGCAAACCAACCCCCUUAGCACCUUUGCGGACCUGGCGGCGGCAAAGGCCGGUCAAUGGGACCUGUGGCUCGCCGCGGCGGUCGACCGCAGGAGCUGGGCGCCUGCCGCGGCGGCGGGCGCCGGCCUGGCGCUCGGCCUGGGCCUAGCCAACCCGGUGUCCUUGCUGGCGUCGGGGCUGCCGCAAGGCGUCCAGCUCGCGUUAUGGCGGGCCGUGGGCGUCGACACACACGGCCUGCUGUGGGGCGCUCUCUUCGCGGCGGCCGCGCUGGCGCCCGCCGCGUACGCGGCGCGCGCCUGGCUGACGGCGCAGGCCGCGCUGGCGCGCGGCGCCGGGGGCGCGCUGCUGCGGCUGCGGGCGCUGCAGGGGCGGCCGGGGGUGGCGCAAGCGGCGGCGGCGGCGGCCGGCAGCAGAGGGUUGCUAUGGGGCCUGGCUGCGACUCGGGCCGCGCUGCUCGUUGCUGUGGCGCGCGCGCUCACCACUGGCGCGGCCCUCCCGCUUCCGGCGGCGGCAGCGGCGGCGGCUGCGGGCGUGGCGGCGCUGGUGCUGGCGUUUUUUCCCCAGGCGCUGGCAGCGGCAAAUGCCGUGUCCCCUCCCGCGCAGCAGCAGCAGCAGCAGCAGCAGCAGCGGCAAACGGCAGGUGAAUCGCGCUCGGCCCCCUUGUCCGUGGCGCUCGAGGCUGCCUGGCUCGCCGCCACUGCGGCCGCCGCCGCGCCGGCCGGCGCGGCCGCGUGGCUGCCGCUGGUGCUGGCCUCGGCCGCCGCGGCGGCUGCGGCGCUGUUCGGGAUGCACGACGCGCUGCUGCGGCCGCGGCUGGCGGCCGUCGCCGCAGAGGAGGGGGACGAGGCGGUUGUCCAGGUCAGCAUCCGGUUGGAAACAUCGUCGGCUGCGUUGGACGACACCCGCGACACCAUCCGCAGCGGCCUGCGCGUGCGCGUCGGCGCCCCCGCGGAGGGCGGCCCCGCCACCGCCUGGGCCGGCAGCGCGGCCGCGGCCGCCGCGCUCGGCCCGCGGGCGCUCGACGCCUUGGUCGCCGCCCCCGGGUCGCACUGGCGGCCGCUGGUGCCGCUGAUCGAGGCGGCGCUGCCCGGCGCGCUGCUGGGGGAGGUCGUCUCCGUCCCCUUUGUCAACGGCGGCGCGUCCUCCUCCUCCUAUGUCAACGCUGACCCAGACUUCCUGGCGCAGCAGGAGGCGCCGCUCUACCGCAACCGCGAGCUCUGCUGGUGGCAGCCGGCCGCUGACGUGGCCGCAAAGUUCGGGGGCCGCGUGCCGGACGCCGGCGAGGUGUUCCUGUUCCCGGUCAACGGCCGCGGCGCGUGGCUGUGGACCGCGGUGCGCGCGGUGGGGUCGGAGCAUGUCGAGCUGGACGCGAACUACGGGACAGAGGGGCAGGCGCUGGUGAUGGAGGUGGAGGUGGUCGAGAUUGUGAAGCGGCCGCGCGGGGGGCAGCAGCCCGCGCCAGCGGGGGCGGCGUGA